GUUCUUAAAUAAGGCUGUUUCCACUUCCAAUUCUUAGAAUCAGAAGUUUCUGAACAAUAUAGAAUUUGUGCGAUAAUUAGUCAUUAUAGUUAUUGUGGAUUAUCUUGAUUACUUUCCAUGGAUGCUCCAUUGCUGCUCUUUCUAUUCUUUGCCGGCACAUCACUUUGUGGCGUUCAACCUGCAAUGGUCACAAUAAAAAACAAUUGCCCCUACACCAUAUGGCCCGGGACCCUAACCGGCGCCGGCAUUCCACCGUUACCCAAUACCGGUUUUGAAUUAGCAGUAGGUGCAUCGUCGGCACCUAUUCAGAUUCCUCCCCAUUGGUCUGGUCGCUUCUGGGCCAGGACCUCAUGCGCCACCGGUCCCACGGGCUCAUUCGCUUGCCAAACCGCCGACUGCGCCUCCGGCGCAGUCACCUGCAACGGAGCCGGCGCCAUCCCUCCGGCCAGUCUAGUCGAGUUCACAUUCGACGGGUACAACGGGCAAGACUUUUUCGACAUCAGUCUCGUCGACGGGUUCAACCUCCCGGUCACCGUGGAGCCGGUGGGUGUCGCCGCCUCCGCCACAUGCACGCCGGUUGCCUGCCCGGGAAACGUGAACGCAGGUUGCCAGCCGGAGUUGGCAUUGAAGGACGCCUCCGGCGCGACGGUGGGCUGCAAGAGCGCGUGCGUGGCAUUCAAUCAACCGCAGUUCUGUUGCUCGGGGGCUUAUGCGACGGCGGCGACCUGCCAGGCGUCGGGAUACGCUUCAUAUUUCAAGGCGAUGUGCCCUCAAGCUUAUAGCUAUGCCUAUGAUGAUAAAACCAGUACAUUCACUUGCCCUUCAGGGCCUAACAACAACUAUCUUAUUACCUUCUGCCCAGUUCCUAAUAUUGCCACGCCGGUGGCUGCAAAUUCCAGUCCCAUCCCUGCCCGCGACUCUGUUGUAAAAUCGGCUGCAGCCAUAUUGUCUUUUCGAUAUCAUGUCUUCUUCUUCUUCUUAAGUGCUGCUCUAGCUUAUAUAUAGCUUGUGAUGACACUUUGUUUUUUUUCCUUUUCAUUUUCUUUUAUGUACGUACUCACAUUGUUACUUUUUAAAGAAAUAGUUCAAAAUAUAUGUAAAUUAGGGACAGAGUUCAAAACA